GCCGCCCGCCGCGCAUGCGCGCUGGGCGGCGCCGGGCCCUAGCGGCGGAGGCAAGAUGGCGGCGGUGGUACAGAAUGUGGUCAAGCUGCUGGGGGAGCAGUACUACCGGGAUGCCAUGGAGCAGUGCCACAACUACAACGCACGGCUCUGCGCCGAGCGCAGCGUCCGCCUCCCCUUCCUCGACUCCCAAACCGGUGUCGCCCAGAGCAACUGCUACAUCUGGAUGGAGAAGCGGCACCGUGGGCCCGGUUUAGCCGCUGGGCAGCUCUACUCCUACCCCGCACGGCGCUGGAGGAAGAAACGCCGCGCUCACCCGCCGGAGGACCCGCGCCUCUCCUUCCCCUCCAUCAAACCAGACACAGAGCAGAGCCUGAAGAAGGACGGGCUCCUGGCCCAGGAUGGCAGCAGCCUGGAGGCGCUGCUCCGCACGGAGCCGCUGGAGAAGCGGAGCAUCCCGGACCCGCGCCUGGAUGACGACAGCCUGGGCGAGUUCCCGGUCACCAACAGCCGCGCGCGGAAGCGGAUCCUGGAGCCGGAUGAUUUCCUGGAUGAUUUGGAUGAUGAAGACUAUGAGGAGGAUACGCCGAAGCGACGAGGGAAGGGGAAGGCCAAGGGCAAAGGCGUCAGUGGGGCUCGGAAGAAGCUGGAUGCAGCAAUCUUGGAAGACCGGGAUAAACCCUACGCUUGCGACAAUAGUUACAAACAAAAGCAUUCCUUGAAACCUCCCGACCGAGUCUGUGGGAAGCGGUACAAGAACCGGCCGGGAUUGAGCUACCACUACGCUCAUUCCCACCUGGCUGAGGAGGAAGGUGACGACAAGGACGAUUCCCAACCCCCGACUCCCGUUUCCCAGCGAUCCGAGGAGCAGAAAUCUAAAAAGGGUCCGGAUGGGUUGGCCCUGCCCAACAACUACUGCGACUUCUGCUUGGGGGAUUCCAAGAUCAACAAGAAAACGGGACAACCGGAGGAGCUGGUGUCGUGCUCCGACUGUGGGCGCUCAGGACACCCAUCCUGCCUCCAGUUCACACCAGUGAUGAUGGCAGCCGUCAAGACCUAUCGCUGGCAGUGCAUCGAGUGCAAGUGCUGCAACAUCUGUGGGACCUCUGAGAACGAUGAUCAGCUGCUGUUCUGCGACGACUGCGACCGCGGGUACCACAUGUACUGCCUGACCCCCCCCAUGUCGGAGCCUCCCGAGGGGAGCUGGAGCUGCCACUUGUGUCUGGAUCUGCUGAAGGAAAAAGCCUCCAUCUACCAGAACCAGAACAAUUCCUGAUCCCGCUCCGUUGGGAUGCGCUUCCCGAUGCCCCCGUUCCACACGAUUCCCUCUUGGUUUGGGGUCUUCCCUCUUUCAUUUCCCCCCUUUCCCACCCCCCUCUUUUUUAAACCUUCCCUUUGGUUUUCCAUUGAUUUGGAUUUCUUCCUCUCAGUCCCUUGGGAAGAGGCUUGGGAUUGAUGGGAUUUUGCCCCAUGAGGCUUUAUCUCCCCCCUCACAACCACGUAGGACACGACCCAUGGUGACAUCCCACCAUCCUUAUGGAUCCCAUUGCUGCACAUGGCACAGGGCCGCCUUUCCCAUUGCCAUUCCCGGCUUUCCAGCCCCAUCCCUGCCCUGCAGCGUUCCAGACCCUUCCCGUCCCCCUUUUCCUUAGGGACACAUCAGGUCCCUGCACAUGCAGGGCUGGGGGUGGGGGGUGGGGCUGUUUGUGCAGUUUUGGGCUUUUUGGUUCAUUUUGAGGCUUUUUUGUGCAGU